GAAUUCAGCGCACCACGCGCAGAAGCGAACGAGCCAGGCAGCAAACUCGGCGUUGGACGAGCAAGAACCUCCUCCACGCUGACAAACCACGGCGAUUUUUAGCUGGACGAAUCAUUCAGAACUCGACGGAGGUGGAGACAUUGAGUGAGCGAACAGUGGGGCGAAGACCAGCUGACCGAAAGCCUUUCUGAAAAUCACGGAACACUUCAUUUCACUGCGUUGCCGUUGGAACUCAGCGGUCAGCCAAAUGAGGAUCAUUCGGUCCAGAUUGAUUUUGUUCUCAUUCGGAUGCUCUUGAAGAUAUUUUGAGGCUACCGCGCGGAUCGUGAAGAGCUCUCCGAAACGCGACGUCGAUCAGUUCAAGUCGACAUACCCACUGGAAGUAGCUUUGCCGACUGAAUUUGAAAAACGCUGCUCGCAUUAAGACGCUUCCAUCAAAAGCCAGCUACCAUGGCGGUCGAUGUUUGGGCAAUAGCCGUGACAUUUCUUCUGAUUGCUCACGCUCUACCUGGUAUUGAGUCGAAUAAAUUGGUAGUGUCUCAAACGCCAGCUUCAAUUCGUGUAGUUGAAGGCGACAACGUGAAUCUGAGCUGCUAUUUUCAAGCACAAGGGGUAGCAAGUUAUACGUGGCACAAGGAUUGCUGCCUCCUGGAUUUCAAGUCACAGCAAUACAACAAAAGAACAGUAACACCCGAUGCGGAUCGAUUUAAGUCCAAAGGCGAUGCAUCAAUCCAGAUUAAGAACAUGUCGUUGCUAGACGCUGGAAUAUAUCGUUGUAAUAUCGAUGCCAUGGGGAGAGGAAAAGGCGCUGGAUCUGGCACUGAGGUCAUUGUGCAUGAGAUAUGCGGAAAUGCAAACCAAGCAACAAGCUCCCUGCCUGAAUGGAUGUGGAUUGCAGUCACGGGUGGAGGAGCAUUCUUGAUUAUUCUGCUAUUACUUGUAGUAAUCGGAGUCCUCGCUCGACGUAAUAAAGCUUACGCGGCACUUGUUAGGGAAUGCUCGUCUUUUGAUUCUGCAAAAGAACCAAUAGCAGCGCCAAGAAAGAGAAUGACCGACCAUCCCAACCAUCAGGACGCCUAUUUGCAUUGCCACGGUGGAGAGAGCGCGCCGAAGAGAAAGCGCCCCCCACAUCCGGGACGGAAUGUGCAGUAGUUGUCACCAUGUACGUUGCCGGAGGAUUAUUAUUUCUUAAGACGUUCACCACCUUCCAUAAUCAAACAAACCAGAAGAUAAAGAGGCUACCAUUUACAAAUCGGAUCGUUUUAGUGGCAAAACAAGUCUUAGAUCUCCGAUGAAGGAUAUGUGUCAAAUGAAGAUAGACACAGAAUGUCAAAGUCAAAGUCAGUUUUAUUCAUCACAUACACCCGAAGGUGCAGUGAUGUGAAUUUGCCAGCAGUGAUACACUUAAAAAGAACACACAUUACCCAAUAAAAUUUAAAACAAACAAACAUCCCCCACAGUAUGCUUCACUGUGGUGGAAGGCAACCCAGUUCAGACAGUUCUCCGCCACUGUUCACCCGUGGUCGGGGCCAUGACCUGAAUGCUGGAGUCACAAGUCAGCGGGCCAGGCAACAUAUCUGGAGAGAAGGAAUUGGUGACGUUUCGGGCGGAGAGUCUUCUUCCCUCAGGCUGAGGAAGAGUCUCGGCCCGAAACGUCACCCAUUACUUGUCUCCAGAGAUGCUGCCUUUCCCGCUCAGUUACUCCAGCAGUUUUGUGUCUAUCUUCGGUUUAAACCAGCCUCUGCAGUUCCUUCCUAUACGUGUGUGACGUGAAAAUUGCUGAGUUUAUUACCGAUUUCAUCAUUACUCUUCAUGCCAGUUCACCUGUUGUCCAGAAUGAAAUGGAAAUCUGUAAUAAAAACACAAAGUGCUGUAAAUUACAAAUAUCUCCGAAGGCCCGGUAGCAAAAGGGAGCCAAGCGGUCAGGUUGUGGUGUGAGGGUUCUAAGCUAAGGCUCGUGAUUGUCUUCCGCAGAUGCUGCCCGACCUGCCGAGGUUUUCCAUCGCUUUAGAAACAUAGAAAAUAGGUGCAGGAGGAGGCCAUUCGGCCCUUCGAGCCUGCACCGCCAUUCAUUGUGAUCAUGGCUGAUCACCCACAAUCAGUAACCCGUGCCUGCCUUCUCCCCAUAUCCCUUGAUUCCGCUAGCUCCUAGAGCUCUAGCUAACUCUUUCAAAUCCAUCCAGUGACUUGGCCUCCACUGCCCUCUGUGGCAGAGAAUUCCACAAAUCCACAAGUGAAAACGUUGUUUUUCCCAUCUCAGUUUUAAAUGGCCUCCUCUUUAUUGUGC